UUGCUGCUCUGUACGGAGAUUAUUAUCGUUAUCCACUGCAGACUUCACGUCGCAGAGCAUCCUUCCGUCCGAUCUCGGGGAUCCAGAUCCAGACUGAGUAUUACUAUCUCCAAUUCCCCCAAUUGCGAUCUGCAACGACCAGGAGGACAGCGAAAACAACCAUGGCAUCGAUAAAGGCGAAUUGCAGGAAAGUCGCCUGCAUUGGCAGGAAUUAUGCAGAGCACAUCACAGAACUCAACAACGCCAGACCCAAACAGCCCUUCUUCUUCCUCAAACCGUCCUCCUCUAUCCUCCUCCCCGGCGAGGGACCCCUCCUGCGUCCGAAGGGGACCAUACUACACUACGAAGUAGAGCUCGGCUUGGUGAUAGGGAAGACUCUCCGGGAUUUGGAUCCUCAGGAUGAAAAGAAGGCAUUUGAUGCGAUUCACAGCUACGUCCUCGCCAUAGACAUGACGGCCCGCAACGUCCAAGACGAAGCUAAAAAGAAGGGUCUCCCCUGGACCAUCGGGAAAGGAUUCGAUACCUUCCUGCCCAUAUCCCAGGAGAUCCCGAAGUGGAAGAUCCCGAACCCACACGAUGCGUUUCUCCGUCUCAGUGUCGGGCCGCAGCAGCGACAGGCUGACUCAACUGGGCUGAUGAUCUAUCGCAUUCCACAGAUCCUGGCGAAGAUCUCCAGUAUUAUGACUUUGGAGAAAGGGGAUGUGGUGCUCACCGGGACGCCUAAGGGUGUUGGGGAGGUGAAGGCGGGCGAUAUUAUGAAGGCGUCUAUUGAGGUUGGAGGGAAGGAGAUCGAGGAAGGCCGGAUUGAGGUUGAGGUUAAGGAUCGGGAGGGACGGUAUGAGUUUAAGGAGACUUGAUUGGUCCUAUAUACUUGAUAGAACGGGUUAUGGGUAUGGAAAUAUGCAUAUAAAGCAAGGUCCAUGAAUUAUAUUUGAAAAAAAUGGAUAUAUGCCACUAAACAGGCUUUCUAUUCUACCAUGCAACUCCAUUGUUAUCACCUCUGCCUGCAUCAAUGUCAUCAAAGGAUUGUAUAGUUGUUGUGAGACAAUAGGAACUGCAAUAAAAGCCCUUUCCAAC